AUGUAUGUACUGCCUGUGAUAGCCGAUGACGCUGAUGCUCUUAAAAACGGAUUUCAGUCAAGAAAUAUACCGGAAAUGCAACUGCUAAGACUCGAAGAUCAAAAACUGAGAGAUCUGAAAUCGAAGUUGGAUACCGUUAAGACGCAGUUAAAGGGAAUGCAGACAAGGAUACUGCCAGAACUUGGAAAUAAUUUAAAUUUGGAGCGAAUGCUUGAUGGCGUGAACAAACUCACGGGAGACCUAGAAAAUCACCUGCCUUGCAUUCUGGCUGGUGCUUUCUUCCUCCUCUUUCUUGUCCUCUUCAUGUUCGAGGCAAUUCGGCGUCACCUGUUCUCAAUCAAGGGAAAGUCAGCAUCACAAGGUCGUGGUGCUUGCAAGUCAACUUCUCGCUUCUGUUGGGGAGGAAUAUUCUGCGUUUGUUCUGGCCUGCUUCUUGUGCCUAUCAUCCUCCUCGGCCUGGUCGGCGUGGUCACAGUCACAGUUGGUGGUUUCAUGCACGCUGAAGUCUGCCCCUACAUAGCCAAUAGCAGGGGAAUGCGCAUGAGCGACUACGUGGCGAAUCUAAAAGUACGAGACGUAUGGGACAACGUUGUUCUGCCGCAAUUGUCAGGCGGAGAAACAAAUGACUUUGCAGACUUUCUCAACUUGAAAGCUCCCCAAAACCCACUACAGGCAAUCCUGAUCGGUUGUGAUCCACAAAAUGGCGAACCGACCUCAAAGUCAGGGCUUCUGGCGCAGAUGGGAAUUGGUAACUUGGUCAAUAUCAGUGCGUUCCUACAGAAAUCUAGGCUCACUGAGGGCGUUAACCAGGCUAAAAAGAAUCUUGUGGAUAACAUCGCCAAUGCAAACUUAGGCAACGAAUUCCAGGACGACAUGAUAACCAAACUCAAAAACAUUAUUCAAGCGUUCCAACAAAUGCUCAAGUCUCUUGAUUUACCUAAAUCCAUUAAUCAUCUUCAAAUCAGUGUUUUCAAAACAGCAGCCAUUGAAAGUUUUGCAAAAAAUCUGCCUUUCAACUGCAAUGCGCAAAAAGAUGAUUUACUUGCCUUGGUUCGUAAUCUGAACGAGAGUAAUGCCGCUAUGAAUGAACUUCGUAGUGCAUUUGAAGGCCUGAACGGCAACGCAACGGCGCUAAACUCGUCAAAACUGGAGGCAGAUAUAACUUCUUUGAAAAUGGUGAGUACUUUUUUGACGAUUUCAUAUUCCAAAUAUUAA